CGCACCUCAGGGUCUCCGCCCCGAUCCCGCCUCCAGCGGGUACCCUGCAGCUCUCGGCCGCGGACCCAGGCGUCAGGGAGUGACUCAGCGCCCAGGGAGGGUGGCGGUUCCUUGGGAGUGGAGAUUCAAACUGCUCAGGACACCAAGAUGCCUGGCGAACCACAGACGGUGGAGGAGAAGGAAGAGAUGCAAGAGGAGAUGGUGCUGCUGGUGAAGGGUGAGGAGGAUGAGGGCGAGGAGAAGUAUGAGGUGGUGAAACUCAAGAUCCCUGUGGACAACAAGGAGGUACCAAGCCAGGCACCAGCACCAUCUGCUGACCCAGGGCGCCCACAUGUGUGCCCAGACUGCGGCCGGGCUUUUGCACGGCGCUCCACGCUAGCCAAGCAUUCGCGCACGCACACUGGCGAGCGACCCUUCGCAUGCACUGAGUGUGGCCGAGGAUUCUCGCAGAAGUCGGCGCUGACCAAGCAUGGCCGCACACACACUGGGGAGCGUCCCUUCACGUGCACCGAGUGCGGCCAGCGCUUCUCGCAGAAGUCGGCUCUGACCAAACACAUACGUACACACACCGGAGAGCGGCCCUACAAAUGCCCUGAGUGCGACAAGCGCUUCUCGGCUGCCUCCAACCUGCAGCAGCACCGGCGGCGCCACACUGGCGAGAAGCCUUAUUUAUGCACACACUGCGGUCGCCGCUUCGCACAGAGCUCCAACUACGCACAGCACCUGCGCGUGCACACGGGCGAGAAGCCCUAUGCCUGUCCAGACUGUGGACGUGCCUUUGGUGGCAGUUCGUGCCUGGCGCGCCACCGACGCACGCACACAGGCGAGCGGCCUUACGCGUGCACUGACUGCGGUACGCGCUUUGCGCAGAGCUCAGCGCUGGCCAAGCACAGGCGUGUGCACACUGGAGAGAAGCCGCACCGUUGCGCGGUGUGUGGCCGCCGUUUUGGGCACCGCUCCAACCUGGCGGAGCAUGCCCGCACACACACUGGCGAGCGGCCCUACCCGUGUGGUGAGUGCGGCCAGCGUUUCCGCCUCAGCUCACACUUCAUUCGCCACCGUCGUGCGCACCUGCGGCGCCGUCUCUACAUCUGCGCUGGCUGCGGGCGAGACUUCAAGCUACCCCCUGGAGCAACGGCUGGCACUGCCUCUGAGCGCUGCCCAGAAUGCGAGGGUAGCUGAGCGCAGAUCUUGUUGCUGUGAGUUGUGGCUGACUACAGAGGGGUCAGGGACCUGCCUCCUAGGGGCUGAAUUAACUUGGGCAAUGACUCCAGGACUCUGGUCUAGGAAAAGCUGUGAUGGCAGGCAGGCUGGACCUAGGACACAUGGCGAAUCCCCUACUGGAACCCUGGAAACCAUGCCCAGUCCUUCUCAGUGCAAAUUUUCAGCCUGUGUAAGUAAAUAAAGUAUUGUCCUCACCUCCAUCUGUGCCUGUUAAUGAGGUAGAUGGGGAAAGGAGCAAAGUUGG